AUGCUCUCGGGUCAAGGACAUCAUCUGGGGAUGCUCUUUGCUCAAGGGCAUCUUCUGGGAAUGCCCUCGGGUCAAGGGCAACUUCUGGGGAUGCCUUAUGGUCAAGAUCAUCAUCUGGGGAUGCCUUCUGCUCAAGGCCAUCUUUCUGAUAAUGCCCUCUGCUCAAGGGCACCUUCUGGGAAUGCUCUCUGCUCAAGGACAUCUUUUGGGAAUGCCCUUUUCUCAAGGGCAUCUUCUGGGAAUGCCCUCUGCUCAAAGACAUCUUUUGGGAAUGCCCUCUUCUCAAGGGUCAAGGGCAUGUUCUUGGGAUGCCCUCUCUUCAUGGGCAUCUUCCGGGAAUGCUUUCUUCUCAAGGGCAUCUUCUCGGGAUGCCUUUUGGUCAAAGGCAUCUUCCAGGGAUGCCCUCUGGUCAAGGGCAUCUUUUUGGGAGGCCUUUUGAAAAACAAACAUGUCCAAACACACACACACUCUCCGUCCACAAGCCCCAUUCAUCUCCGGCUGACUCAUAAAAACACCAGAACCCAGAGCAGAACCGUCUCACCGGCCCAAACACCAGAACCCAGAGCAGAACCGGCCCAAACACCAGAACCCAGAGCAGAAAUUUCCCAUCUGCCCAAACACCAGAACCCAGAACAAAAACUUCCCACCGGCCCAAACACCAGAACCCAGAGCAGAACCUUCCCACCGGCCCAAACACCAGAACCCAGAGCAGAAACUUCCCACCGGCCCAAACACCAGAACCCAGAGCAGAACCUUCCCACCGGCCCAAACACCAGAACCCAGAGCAGAAACUUCCCACCGGCCCAAACACCAGAACCCAGAACAGAACCGUCUCACCGGCCCAAACACCAGAACCCAGAGCAGAACCUUCCCACCGGCCCAAACACCAGAACCCAGAGCAGAACUGUCUUAUUGGCCCAAACACCAGAACCCAGAGCAGAACCUUCCCACCGGCCCAAACACCAGAACCCAGAGCAGAACCUUCCCACCGGCCCAAACACCAGAACCCAGAGCAGAAACUUCCCACCGGCCCAAACACCAGAACCCAGAGCAGAACCGUCUCACCGGCCCAAACACCAGAACCCAGAGCAGAAUCUUCCCACCGGCCCAAACACCAGAACCCAGAGCAGAAUCUUCCCACCGGCCCAAACACCAGAACCCAGAGCAGAACCGUCUCACCGGCCCAAACACCAGAACCCAGAGCAGAACCGGCCCAAACACCAGAACCCAGAGCAGAAAUUUCCCAUCUGCCCAAACACCAGAACCCAGAACAGAAACUUCCCACCGGCCCAAACGCCAGAACCCAGAGCAGAACCUUCCCACCGGCCCAAACACCAGAACCCAGAGCAGAACCGUCUCACCGGCCCAAACACCAGAACCCAGAGCAGAACUGUCUUAUUGGCCCAAACACCAGAACCCAGAGCAGAACCUUCCCACCGGCCCAAACACCAGAACCCAGAGCAGAACCUUCCCACCGGCCCAAACACCAGAACCCAGAGCAGAAACUUCCCACCGGCCCAAACACCAGAACCCAGAGCAGAACCGUCUCACCGGCCCAAACACCAGAACCCAGAGCAGAAUCUUCCCACCGGCCCAAACACCAGAACCCAGAGCAGAAUCUUCCCACCGGCCCAAACACCAGAACCCAGAGCAGAACCGUCUCACCGGCCCAAACACCAGAACCCAGAGCAGAACCUUCCCACCGGCCCAAACACCAGAACCCAGAGCAGAACUGUCUUAUCGGCCCAAACACCAGAACCCAGAGCAGAAUCUUCCCACCGGCCCAAACACCAGAACCCAGAGCAGAACCUUCCCACCGGCCCAAACACCAGAACCCAGAACAGAAACGUCCCACUGGCCCAAACUCCAGAACCCAGAGCAGAACUUUCAUUUUUGAGAAAUGAGGCAGAGAUGGGAGGAAAGAAGGAACAGAAGAUGAGGUGGAAGGUAAGAUAAGACGGGAGGUGAGACAGGACGAGAGAGAAGACGGGAUGGGAGGGGAGGCGGAACAGGAGGUGAGAUGGGAUGGGAGGUAAGGGGGGGGUGAGACAUGACGAGAGGUGAG